CUCCAGGCGCAUGGCACCCGCCGCCCAGUCGCCGCGGUGGCUGCCGGGAUGCGCCGCAACGAAUGGUCGCGCCGGGCGCAGCUUUGAGUGACCUUUCACCCGCGCCCAGCGGUCCCGGGCGGCGGCACAAGGCGGAAGCCAUGGCGGAGGCGGUGGCUGCGGCUGCGGCGGGCGGGACGGGCGCGGACGCGGGCUCCGGUUCUGCAGCGGACAGGGAGCGGGACCGCGCCGGGCGGAGGCUGCGGGUUCUUUCGGGCCAUCUGCUGGGCCGGCCCCAGGAGGCUUUGAGUACCAAUGAGUGCAAAGCGCGGAGAGCGGCGGCAGCCGCGGCCGCCACGGCGGCGCCCACUGCCACUCCCGCCGCGCAGGAGUCGGGCACCAUCCCCAAGAAGCGGCAAGAAGUUAUGAAAUGGAAUGGAUGGGGAUAUAAUGAUUCCAGGUUCUUCUUCAAUAAGAAAGGACAAGUUGAGUUGACUGGGAAAAGGUACCCUCUUAGUGGCAUGGUUUUGCCAACUUUUAAAGAGUGGAUCCAAAAUACCCUUGGAGUAAGUCUGGAGCAUAAAACUACCUCUAAAGCAUCCUUAAAUCCUAGUGAUACACCUCCUUCUAUUGUAAAUGAAGAUUUUCUUCAUGACCUUAAAGAAGUUAAUAUUUCAUACUCACAAGAAGCAGAUGAUCGAGUAUUUAGAGCUCAUGGUCAUUGUCUUCAUGAGAUAUUUUUGCUCAGGGAAGGAAUGUUUCAGCGAAUUCCUGAUAUAGUUUUAUGGCCAACGUGUCAUGAUGAUGUAGUUAAGAUUGUGAAUCUAGCGUGCAAAUAUAACCUUUGUAUCAUACCAAUUGGUGGAGGAACAAGUGUUUCAUAUGGCCUCAUGUGUCCUGCAGAUGAGACAAGAACAAUAAUUUCUUUGGACACUUCACAAAUGAAUCGAAUCCUCUGGGUUGAUGAGAGCAAUCUGACAGCUCAUGUAGAGGCUGGCAUAACAGGACAAGAGUUGGAAAGACAGCUUAAAGAAAGUGGUUAUUGUACAGGUCAUGAACCAGAUUCCCUGGAAUUCAGCACUGUGGGAGGAUGGGUAUCUACUCGGGCAUCAGGCAUGAAGAAGAAUAUCUAUGGCAAUAUUGAGGACUUGGUGGUUCAUAUAAAAAUGGUAACACCUAGAGGUAUAAUAGAAAAAAGCUGUCAAGGACCUCGAAUGUCAACAGGCCCUGAUAUCCAUCACUUCAUCAUGGGAUCUGAAGGAACUCUUGGUGUGAUAACAGAAGCUACAAUAAAAAUCAGACCAAUCCCUGAAUACCAAAAGUAUGGCUCAGUAGCUUUCCCUAAUUUUGAACGAGGAGUAGCCUGUUUAAGAGAAAUUGCAAAACAGAGAUGUGCUCCUGCAUCUAUUCGCCUCAUGGACAACCAGCAAUUUCAGUUUGGUCAUGCUCUCAAACCUCAGGUUUCCUCUAUUUUUACAUCAUUUUUGGAUGGAUUAAAAAAGUUUUAUAUUACAAAGUUUAAAGGAUUUGAUCCAAAUCAGCUAAGUGUCGCUACAUUACUGUUUGAGGGGGACCGUGAGAAGGUUCUUCAACAUGAAAAACAAGUGUAUGACAUUGCUUCAAAAUUUGGUGGAUUAGCAGCUGGAGAAGAUAAUGGACAGAGAGGUUAUUUGCUGACCUAUGUCAUUGCAUACAUUCGAGAUUUGGGUUUGGAAUACUAUGUAUUAGGGGAAUCUUUUGAGACUUCUGCUCCUUGGGACAGGGUUGUAGAUCUCUGUAGAAAUGUAAAGGAAAGAAUAACAAGGGAAUGCAAAGAGAAAGGUGUUCAGUUUGCUCCUCUUGCUACAUGCAGGGUGACUCAGACUUAUGAUGCAGGUGCAUGUAUCUAUUUCUACUUUGCCUUUAACUACAGGGGAAUCAGUGACCCACUGACUGUGUUUGAACAAACUGAGGCAGCUGCUAGAGAAGAAAUCCUCGCUAAUGGAGGGAGCCUGUCGCAUCACCACGGAGUGGGCAAGUUACGGAAGCAGUGGCUAAAGGAAAGUAUCUCUGAUGUCGGCUUUGGGAUGCUGAAGUCUGUCAAGGAAUAUGUGGACCCCAAUAACAUCUUUGGAAACAGAAACCUUUUAUAAAUCCAUUACUAUUGUUAAGAAAAAUGUCACUUUUUUUUUAAGUCUUUUAACUAUGGUUAUACCAGUAAUCAGAUAUAUCAUGGACUUUAUUUCAGCUACCUUUGUUUGUUGGUUUAAAAUAAGUUUGUUUCAUUCUGUAGUUUGUUUUGUUUCUACAUCUAUGGAUUGACAGAUGGUAUUCCUAAAUCUCUCUCAUUGUAGGUGUAUCAGUUUACAGCCAACUGGUUGUCAUUUCAAAUUUCAGUCAGGCAGCACAAGGCUGCCAGUGGUUAAUUUCAGAAGAAGAUGCUGCCAGCUGUUUUGUAUUGAUGCUUCUUCUUAGGAACAAAGCCAGAUUUUGGUGUCAUCUAUUGUUUCUCUAGCCUCUUUUUUAAAAGAACGUUUCUGGGAAGCAGCUAUCUAGGGAAGGAUUCCACUGAGGAGUGAUACACAUGUAUGUUUUUUUAAGAGUGCAUUCUAGUGUGAAUAGGUCAUUAAGGGAGAAUACCCAUGAAAGAAUAUAGGCAACCUCUUAUUUAGGAAGCCUUCAGUUCUGUAAGGUGCUUGGCCUACAUUUUUCUUUGAAAUUAGUAUACAGUUGUAAAACCUUAAAUCAUUAGUAUGCUUUAUUCUGUCAGGGGACAUGUUUUUGUUCUCCAUGUUUCUGUUUCUACUGAGGUAUGAGUUGUAUUUGUAUCACUGAGAUAACAUAUUGUUAUAUCCUAAUUCAUUCAUAAUAUGUUUUAUAAGAAAAGCUGACUUAUCACUCAUUGUAUGUGAAGAACAGGUUUACCAUGAAAGGAAUGUCUUUAUUCAACUUAGAGUUCUAAUGUUUCUCAUUUCACAUUCUUGUUGCUGAGAUGCAGAAGAAGCUACAACAGGAGCAGAAGAGGGAAGACUUCUUACACUGAAUGUCUCCAGUUCAAAGAACUGUUUUGGCUAAAGAAACACAGUCAUCAUUCAGCUACUGAAUUUGAAAACCUCAACAGUUUCAAUGACAAAAAACCUUCUUAAAAAAAAUUAACCCAAACAACAUGAUAAAUUUCCAUAUAAAAGUAAAGUUUCAAUUUAGUUUUUAAUAAUGGUUUAAUGCCUUUUUUGAAUUACUGGUUUAACCUAAAUUAAAAAAUAUAAUGUAUUACACAUACCAUAAUCAAAAGUUUGAAAUAUCAUAUUUCUUAAACAAUAGGGAGAACGUUAACCACAUUUAGUGAACAUUUUUACAUUCAAACCUGGAUAUUAAAAUAAAUGAAAUGAUUACUUUGAAUCACUGUCUGUCAAGGUUCAUGGCUCACAUUUUGAGACAGAUUCUUUUCUUAAUGUAGUACUUAACUUUUGAUAAUUUUUUUAGAAUUAAUAUUUGAUCAGCUAAUAUGAGUCAGAAUGCAGACUAUCCUUUAAAAGGACACACUCUCUGUCUAUGUAGCAACAGCUCCAAAGUAUUUUUGGGCAGUUUGAUACCUUUUAUAUCUGAAGUAGCCUUAACCAGAAAAUCUAAAAUUGAUUCACAAAAUGAUAUUUUUAAGACUUCAAAAUGAUAAUUUUUAACAAAUAAAAUUGGCCUCAAACUAAUAAAAUCUGUAAGCAAAUCAAAAUGAAAUAUUAGUUUAACAACAAAAACUAAAUAUUUAUUUAUUAGAUGCUGCCUCUCUUCAUUGGUGAUUUAUUUUUAAUUAUAAAAUUUCCAGCAGAUCUUUGCUUCAAGCCCUUGAUAUUUGAAAUAGUUAGAUACUUGAUGAGGAAAUUACACUUGCUUCUCAAAUUAUAAAAAUCUCAGCUUUAUGAAAUGCAUCUAUUCAUGAAAGUAAUUUCUCUAAUUGGUGAUCAAAAUGUAAAAUUUAUUACGAUACUAAUAUCUCACUGGAGUGUAUACAUGUUUCUGAGUAAUUUUUUAAAAAUAAAACUUACAGAUUCAUAAGCAGAUCCAUUCCUUUGCACGUGAUUGUUAUAACAUUCUUUCCUAGGGAGUUCAGGUUUCAAUAACCUCAGAAUUAGGAAAUGUAACACCUGAAAUUGUUCACUGUUCUACAUGAACCUUAUGGAAAUUAGUGAUUUAUGCGUUUGUUUUCUUCCAUGCAUGCAUGACUCUCCAACCUUGAUUUUGUAGUGAUGACUACAUUUUGUAGUUAGGAUCAUUUCUACAGGGAUCAUUUUGAAACACAUAAACACUCAUCAGUACUGUUUCACUCUGAUUUAGUAAAUCAGAAAGGCUUUCCCUGCUUCCACGCAUCCACCUCUGAGAGGUGCCUCAGCUGCAUAACUGCAUAACACCGAUUUGUCUUUCUUAAAUUAGUCAUAUUUCUAAUAUUUUAUUUGAUGAUGUCACAUUUGGGUUGACAUUUUAGUGGGAAUGGGAACUUGCUGCUAGUGAGAAAUGGCAUUGAAUACUAGAGUCAGUAUGAACAGGCUUUAUUGACCCCUAGAGAAACAGCUGCCUUAAUGUUUGGUGCACUUUACAGUGUAUAAGUGAGUUUAUUAGUGUUAUGCUAAGUAACGUGAGCUUUUUUAGUUUAGUAAGAAUUGCAGAAGCCACAUGUUUAUUGUGCCCAGCAUUUUACCACAAAGAAAGAGGAUUAAAUUCUUUCCUCUCUUGAGGAAUUGGGAGUUUUCUUCCUAAAUGCUUACAUACUAUAGUACUGUUACUUAAAAGCUGUUUAUGAAGCUGGAAGCAUUCUAGUAUACUGAGCUGUGUUGAUGUAUUUUGGAAAACAAAAACGCAGUGAAGGAUGAACUUCCAUCAGUGUGUGUAUUAAACCAGAUACAGAUGGUUGCAAGAAAACCUCUUUUUCAGAAUAUUCUCUUAGUAACAGCUGAGUCCUAGCUUGCAGUUUUGAAAAUGACUUUUGCAUGUUGGCUUCAGAGGUUUUCCAUUGUCAUAUUCUUUUAUAGCUGCAACUUCUUAACUAUAGCUGAUCAGACAAGCCCUGUGGUACCAAGCUGAAGUCUGUAACCUUGGCUGUUCAAAUGGGCUGAGUUUGGUCGAACAUCUAUUUUAUGUAAAUGUAGAACACAAACAUUUAUUAUGCAUUGAUGCACAAACUGCACAUGCUGGUGCUUGAAGCAGCCAAGGUGGAAUUCUGUGGAAAGCAUAUCUACAUUUUAAGAAGCACUGGGACAGGAGUUAAGGACAGCUUUAAUAGCUUUUUGCUACCACUUAAUCUUUGGCGAUUUCGAUUUUAAUUAGGGUUUAGCUCGUGGUGGGAGAAAAGCUGAAAAUAACAAGUGCCAGGAUAGGAUUGAAGAAUCCAGAAUCACCUUUGGCUUUAUGAAAGCUUGCCUUUGCUCAAGGCUUCACGUUCCCAAAUGAGCCACCUGUCAAUAUAUACAUUUAAUCCUCAUUAAUUUCAUAUAGUACAUUGAUGCGGAAAUCCAGAAGGUGUAAAAGAUUGUUUUAAACUAUUGAAAUACAAUGUGUAACAUGAAGGAUGUAAGUUACUCAGCUUUCUGCUCCCUAAAGCAAACAGUGUUUGUCUUUAGUGUGAAAUUUAACUGUAAAAACUACCUGUAAUGUCAACAGAUUAUAGAAACUUAUAUUAUUAAUAAAAUGGACCUGGGUUUAAGAGAUUUUUUUCUUCAGAGGGGGUGUGAAGCUGUUCAUUCUUCUGUUUGCGUCUGGGUUUGUCUUUCGAUUUUAGUUUUUCAUCUUCAUAUUUCCUCUGAUUUGAAAACAAAAUUAAUUUUUAUAAUUUUAUUGAUGAAGCAUUAUCAAGUACAACCUAAAUAUAACUAAAUCCUUUUGGAUUUAUAGAUGAAUAUAUUGUUGGCUAGGUUUUAUUACUCUCUAAUUAUUUUAAAUCAAUGUUAUAUUCCUAGGAGGUGUUUAGUCUCCUGUGAACCUGAAGCAUUCCCAUUUGAACCUUGGAAGAUCCUCAAAGAAUGAGCGCUCUUGUGCUCUCCUAACCACAAGAAUUCCUUAACAAACGUUGCCAAAGCUGUGUUUUUCUGAAUUCUGAGACUGGACAAGGAACCUUCCACUGCAUGAAUACCAAGAAAGGGACAAACUGCACCCAUUCCAAAGGGGUUGAGUGGGCCACCCAAGAUUCCCAGAGAAAACAGACUCUUGGAAAGGCUGAUAUUAACUAUCAUCAAUUCUACUUGCUCCAAGAAGAAAGUCACUUUGUAAGGCCAAAGGUGUUAAAAAAGCAGCAGAGUGGAGUUAUUUUCAUUCAAGCCGUCAAGCCAGGGGUGAUCACCGUGAAAAGAAAGCUGAGCAUAUGGAGCUAAAUCCAAAGGCUGGUCUCCUUAUAAAAGAAGGCCAUGUGAAGACACAGGAACACAGAGACACAGGGCAGAAUGUCAUGUGAAGACACAGUUGGAGAUUGGAGGGAUUCAGCUACAUGCCAAGGAACGCCAAGGGCUCCUGGCAACCACCAGAAACCAGGAGAGAGGCGUGGAAUGGAUUCUCUCGCAGAACCUCCAGAAAGAACCAGCUCUUCUGACACCCUGAUUUCUGACUUCUGGUCUCCAGAACUGUGAGAGAAUAGAUUUCUGUUGUUUUAAGCCACCCAGUUUCUUGUAUUUUGCUAGGCAGCUGUAGGAAAUUAAUAGACCCCCUCUUGGCAGAACUUGGACCCUUAAAGUCCUGAACCUGUUCCUUCUGAAAGACAGAUAAGCUCUCUACCUGUUGAUGUCCCCUUCUGCAGACAUCCUGGGACGUAACUUCCUUUCCAGCCUCCAAUAUUUGAGGAUAUCUUAUGCCCUCUCACAUUCUGUUGUCCUUGAGAGUUUAUAUCUUUUUUUAAAGAAAUGCAAUGUUAUUAUUUCUAAUCACACUUAAUAGCAUUAAAUAAUCAAUAAAAUAUUGAACAAAGGUACUCAUUUUAGAAUUAUGUCACUUAGCAAAAACAACAACAAAACAACCAAAAAAAGUAGGCAAUGACUGAAUAAAUUAUGACAAGUCACUGUCUGGAAUACUAGGCUGCUGUUUCAAAGGACAAUAUGAAAAUUAUGUUAAGGAUGUGGAAGCAUGUUUUGAACUUUAUCUUAAGUGGCCAAAGCAGAAUACACUGGUGUACCUGGAUGAAAAUGUGUUUGCAUGUGGACAACAGUAUGAAGGGGCAUCACAGGAAAAAGAGAAUGUGAGUCCUUCCUUCUGCCCACAGUCUGCUCUUGAUGAUUUAGGUGUGCUCUGAGGCCAUGUAUGUUUUCUCUCCUGUACUCCUCAUUUCCUUCCCGGUCCUCAAUCGCACGUUGUUAAUACCCUUACUUACAAACUGUUCAAGGCAUUGUAGGCUUUUUCUAUCAUGCUCCUUAAAAUUCUUCCAGCCUCUUCCCAUUUCGUAAGAAAGCUUAUAUCUUUAAAAAAUUCCUAUAUUAUUUUAUGAAUGGAAUUCUCAGAAGGAUGUGGAAUAAAUUAUGGAGGUCAAUCCACCAUCUUUUAUUGGCAACAUCAACUCAGUUACAGGUGAAAGUGUUUGGUCAAGGACAAUUUGACAUAAGGUCUUUCUGAGAAAGUAUUUCUCUGGUAACCAGUUGAACAGAACCUACAGUAGCCCAUUCGGUGCUCUAGCAAUUACUCUCCCUGGAAUCUCUACUCAGAUCCCUGUAUCCUCCCCUCUGAAGAAUUCAGAGUUUUACUUUGUAAAUGGGAGGUUUAAAGAGGUAGAGCACUGCGGGACUAAUGGAAUGGCCUUUCACUUCCUCAGGGCAGUGCAGUGGGAAAAAGCAGCAAAGUAAGGCUGAGAAGACUUGGCUUCGAAAUUCUGGCUCUGCUGUGUAUUAACUGCUUCACUCUGGUUAAGUCCAUUAGCUUCUGUAGGUUUCAGUUUCCUCAUUUAUAAAACUUAGACUAUUAGACAUUAUAGGAUUCAGAAUGAAGUAUUUUCUUCCUUCACAGAGUUAGGGUAAAAUUACAUUGUGUAUGUAAAAGCACUUUGUAAACUUUAAAAUUUAAGCCCUAUCCAGUGGCCACUAUAGUCAGUAUUCAAUAAAUGUCUGCUUAUUGAAAAAGUAUACAUAAGGAUACCUUUGUAUUCUUAUGGGCUUUAAUACUGAACUUCUUUUCCAAAAACUCAGUCAGAUAGAAGUCUUUAACUUCGUUUUAGACUCUGGCUACCAGACUCAACAGCUGGGCUGCCAUGUUCAUUGUACAUGAGGUUGAGAGCCUGGCUCCCUCUGAGCACAUCUGCUCGCUAAGAUGGGGCAAUGUGCCUGGAGUGAUUUAUUUAAUAUUUUUACGGCUGCGGCUCUGAUAACGAAAUAUAAGAAUAGUGAGAGCUGAGGAUCCAGAUAUUGCCUCCUUGAAUUCUCUUAGGAGACAUUUUGAAUAAUACAGAGGAUUCUGUUGGCAAUAGCGUAAUAAGAAUGCUUAAUGUUUAUCUAUCUCAUGCCUCACUUCCCAGCAGCAAAAACAAUGCUGACCCUUCAAAUGAACUUUAAAUUUCAGAGAUUUUGGAGAGGCACUUAGAAUGCAAAACACAGUCUUUAAAAGAGGACUUGAUUCAUUUCCUAGUGAAAAAUGCAAGUUUUCUUCUCUUUCUCCCUCUUUCGCUCCCUCCUUCCCUCCCUUCCUCCCUUUCUCCCUCCCUUCUUCCCUCCCUCCUUCUCUCCCUCCUUCCCUCCCUUCCUUUCUUCCUUCUUUCCUUUUUCUUCUUUAGAGAGUCACAGAAGAGAGGGCCAUGAAGAAGACGUAAAUCCACAUUUAAAAUACGCUUUCUUGAGGAACUGGAAAGUAACUUAAGUAAAGACGACAUUCCAAGCCUUGUAUGGACUUGCAGUUAAGUGAUUUUUAGCUUCGUGAUUUCAAAGCAUAAACACUUUUAAAAAGAGUUAUUUAUGUUGGUCAGCUGGAUAGGGAGAAGUAGAUCUUAUCUUAAAUUCUACCCUCAAAAGCCUUAUUAGGGGACUUCCCUGGUGGCGCAGUGGUUAAGAAUCUGCCUGCCAAUGCAGGGGACACAGUUUCGAGCCCUGGUCCGGGAAGAUCCCACAUGCCGCAGAGCAACUAAGCCCAUGCGCCACAACUACUGAGCCUGUGCACUAGAGCCCGUGAGCCACAACUACUGAAGCCCAUGUGCUACAACUACUGAGCCCGCGUGAUGCAUCUACUGAAGCCUGCGUGCCUAGAGCCUGUGCUCCACAACAAAAGAAGCCACCGCAAAGAGAAGCCAGCACAGCACAACGAAAGAGUAGACCCGGCUCGCCACAACUAGAGAAAGCCCGUGUGCAGCAACGAAGAACCAACGCGCCCCCCACCCCCCAAAAAAAGCCUUAUUAGGGAGUAUAUUGUAACUUUUUUUUACCUGAUUCCAGUGUUUUAAUAUAGAUUCAUGAUGGCAGUUUUGAGCUCAUAAAAUGCAUAUGAAUAGAAAUUAAGUCCUACUGUAUAAAGAACAGGUUUUUAAAAGCUGCGUGAAAUAAACCAAAGUCCAUUUUAUUUACAAGAUGAUGUAUACAGAGCUGAUUGCUUUAUCAAGUCAAAGUCAUUUUUUGGAGGUGGAAAACUUUCUCCAAAUCAAACAGCCUGGCAUGUCAGGUAUUCAGGAAGAACUCUGAGAUGUAGCCAAGGGUGUGAAAUGCCUUCACCAGCCACAUACCAUGCUUGAUGCAGAAAGCGACAUGAACUUUAAUGUUCUUCUCUUAAUGAGCCCUCUGGGCUAUUCAGCACUUCACCCUACAGAGCACAUUGUUAUUUCGUGUUUGUAUUGAUAACUGUUAGGCACUAAAGGAUCUGAAAAGUCUUCUAAGUCAAACAAUUAUAUUUUAAUCAUGAUAAUUUACUGUUUUAGAUAAUAUAUAAUAUUUCUUGAAAUCUGUGUAUAUGUGCUAGCUCUCCCUAUCAACUUGAAUACUAAAAUAAUGAGAAGACUGUAUUUUCUGCCAAUGCUGGAAAAAAGAAAAUUUCAUGUAUUUCCUAGCUGAAAAAGUCAAAGCCCUGAAAAAUUCAUGGCUAUAAACUGGUCUUUUUAUGCUAGAAUUAAGGACCAAUUCAACCAUGAUGAGAACUAAACCACUUUCUAAGAAGACAUCAUAGGCCAUAUACUUCAGAUUAUGGGCAGUAAUAUAACAGUGCACACUCUGAUGAAAGGUUUUAUAUAUUUACAGAUGAUAAUUUAAAAUGACAUUAUAACCCUACUUCGUACAUUCCACUGCUUAUUAAUUCUGCGUCCUGUGUCUCAUCGUUCACUCUUCUGUUUCUUCACUCAUCUAUUCAACAAACAGCAGUUUGAAUAUACUUAGGCACCAUUCUGGGUACCAAGAAUAUGAUGGUCCCAAGAAACUAGUCUAACAGGGAAGAAAGACAGAAAAGACAGACAGACAGAAAGAUGACCACAACACAGAGUGUUGCGUGUGGUUAUGAAGAGACAGGUAGAGUGGAAAUGCUGAGGAGGAGUAAAGGUUUUACAGAGGAGGUGACAGUUUGAGCUGUCCUCUUCCAGGCAGAAAGAAGAGGGAGGGAGGUAUAAGCAAAGGCAAAAUGGACAAAAGCGUUCGUGAGUCCUGUGCUUUGGGGCAAAUGGUGCGUGGGUAACAGGAGAUGAGGCCAAGAGGCAGGGAGCCUCAGAAUGAGAGGGCUAACCCCAGGAAUCUGGAAGGUAUCUUAUAGAUUGUGGUAGUAACCUGAGGUUUUUAAGCAGGAGGAUACCAUGAUCUGAUAUUUUUUUAAAAAGGAAGAUCAUUUUGGCAAAAGUUUGGAAGACAGGGUAUAAACUACAUAAAACUGACACUUUUGAAUGUUUAUAUUUCUCUUCCCUUUGUACUUGACUAAUAGUACAUAGAAAAUUUUGAACAGGUUUUCCUAUCAGCACUCAGAUUUGGAUAUAGCAUAUGUAACAAGGACAAUAAUUUGAAAAUAUUAAACCAAUGUAUUUUCGUUCUGCUUGAAUCGUGAUGCCAGUGGCUUCCCACCCAUUAGCUCAGUAGGCUUUCCUCCCCCAGCCAAGCGGUGGUUCCCAGCUAGAAACAGCGAACUGUCAUCACCUAGCUUUCAGAGAGAAUAACUCUCAAUGCCAGCUUUGCAUGGUGAGAAAAGGGAUUUCUAAAUUCCAGAACUCUAUCUCUUAGGAACCGAGCCUGGCUAGGUCAAAUCAUCAAGUCUGAGUACAAAGUUCUGGAGUGGGGAGCACAGAGGAGACCAUAUAAGGAGAGUUCCCAUUAAACUCGGAAAAGGAAAUUCAAAAACUUUCCACUCUGGGUGUUAGAGAAAGGGGAGGAGGAGGGAGACAGAAAGGGAGUGAGGGGGGGAGAAUGGGAUCAGAAGUGAGUGUCCUGGCUCUGUGUUCCCUGGGGGUCGAACCCUGGGGGUGAGGGGAAGGCUUGUCUCUUGAAUCUCAGAGCCUAAUUCAGGAAAAUGACAGAACUUUCCUAGAAGGAGUUGGCACUACCCAGGUGGCAUAUUAGAAAGAACCGAGGAAGCUCUUGUGUGGAUGGCAGGGUGAAGAGAAAGUAGCUGGGGGUUCAUGCGUGCCACAGGCUGAGCAAUGGCAGAGAACCAGCUGAGCAGGAAGCUGGUGGCGGCUUGCCAUGGUCUGCAUGGACCGGGGUCUGCAGCAGCCAGAGCCAGUGGUCAGGCCCUCCACGAAGUGCUCACUGCGCCCACCCCACAGUCCCAGAGGCCAGCUGGGCAUCACGCCCAGAGCCUUGACCCCAGAGGCUGCAUGUGCACUCGGUCCCUCUCCCCCCAGUCACAGAACCCUUACAAAGACAGGUGAGCUCUCCUGGCACCUGGAUGUCAGCUGGGGAGAAGAAACGGUUCUGACUGGGAACAAUUCACAUUUUAGUCUUCCCAAGGACUUGUUUUAACCGGAAGGAAUUGAGAUACUUUAAUUGUCAAGUUUAAGUACCAGUCCCUGAACACCGCCCGCCGCCCCCCCCCCUACCGCCCAUCACCAGGAAAAGGUGGAGCCAGAUAAAUAUAAAUUAUAGAGAAUACAGAAAGUUAUUUUCUUCCCUCCCUCCCUUCCUUCCUUCCUCCCUCCCUCCCUCCCUCCCUUUCUUUAUUUCUUCUUGAGUUUUUCAAGUUAUAUAUGAUGUCAUUCCAUAUAUGUCCCCCCUUUGUAGGGCAAAUAAGAAAUCAGCCUCAACUAUUUCUUUCUCUCAUUCACAGGAAUACUAGAAGUCGUACAGAUAACAUUUACAGGAAACUGAUUUGGGUGGUGUCCUGCUUUUUUUUUAAGUAUGGGAUGAAAUUGUUUCCCUCUCUAACCACAUUCCAUUCCUUGUAGGUUUUUAAGAGGAGAUGAUGUUAUAUUCUAACUAGUCACUCUGUAGCUCACUAUUUUUUCUUUUUUGAAAAAAACUGAACACAAGGCACGAGCCAUCUGGGGAACAUUGAGUUGUUUUUGAAGUACUUUUAUUGGUGUCCAGAAAAAUUGUCUUGGAGUAGCACCUUACUUCCUCUUUUCCAGUUUAUCAAUUCUAACUCCCAGCUUCUACAACUUCAACUAUAUUUUAAAGAUUUUUUUCCUCCCUUCUUUUCAGAGAGCAUAUUAAAAAAAUUUUUUU